AUGACUGAGGAUGAAAUUAUUCGCACAUUCAUAAAGGCGCACGAUCCUCCAUACUUCGAAAAGAUUUUCCGUAUGACCGGAUGUUCGUUUGCUGCAAUUGUAAAUAAACUUGAGGAGUUUGAUGACUUUGUGAGAACCGGGAAAAUUGUUAACGCCUCUGCCCUGAAGUCACAAGUGGAAGCUUUGCAAGGGCAAGGAAAUAGUGGGAAAAAGCCGCAGUUCAAAAAGAAAGAGGGGGAUGCUGCCGGGAAAAUUGGUACGGUACCCCCUCCGACCUACCCAUAUGGCAUAUUUGCUGGGUAUAACCCACAAGCCGUCUGUGCUUAUCAUUCAGGGGUCCCCAGACAUGCAACCAUUGAUUGCAAGGCUCUCAAGCAUAGAAUUCAAGAUAUGAUUGAAGCCGGGGAGAUUGUAAUCCGAAAAAGGGAGGCACAAGGGCCGAAUGUAAAUAGCAACCCCUUGCCGGAACACGCUAAUACCAUUGGGGUCAUUCUGGACGACGCGGAGUGCGUGGAACAAGUCAAAAAAUUGGCAAGGGAAGCUGAAGUGUUUGGGGUCAUAGACCAACCAUUUGUCAUAGAGUUGCCAUUCGAAGAGGAUAAAAAGCCUUUUAUCUUGGAUCUCACGCCAGCUGAGAGUGAGGCUUUGGAGCCAGUAGUCAUCGAGUUCCCGAAACAGGAACCUGUUUUAAAUCUGCAACAAGUGCCAUGGAACUACGAUGAACCUGUCAUACAGAUUGGGGAAAAGUCAAUUGCGAAGAAAGAAGUGUCAGUGGUCACCAGAUCAGGGAAGACUGCAAGUCCAUUUGAAGCUACCAUUCCGAUUCAAGCAAGUAACUCCGAGCCGCCCGUUAAACCAACAAUCACCGAGAAAGAAGCCUUGGAUUUUCUUAAAAGGCUCCAGAGAAGUGAAUAUAAUGUAGUCGAUAAGCUAAGCAAGUCGCCUGCCCAGAUAUCCAUGUUGGAUUUACUUUUUUCUUCAGAUAUGCAUAGGGAUGCGUUGAUCGAAGUAUUGACUAAAGCUCAAAUUCCUAGGGACAUUUCGGUUGAUAAUUUCUCGCACGUGGUUGGGAAUGUGUUAUUCACAAAACAAAUCACUUUCUCUGACGAUGAAUUGCCGGCGGAAGGCAUUGCUCAUAACGAGGCUCUGUACAUAGUUGUGAGGUGCAAUGGAAAAAUGCUGCCGAAUGUGUUAAUUGACAAUGGAUCUGCGCUUAAUAUCUGUCCUUGGAGUACCUUGGAAAAGCUAGGGUUGCAAGAUAUCAAGCUGAGGCCUUUAGGGACCAUAGUUCGAGGUUUUGAUGGAGCACAAAGAGAGCCAAUAGGAGAAGUGGAUUUAGUAGUCGAGAUGGGGCCCGCCCAGUUUCAAAUAACCUGCCAAGUCAUGCACUUUCCUAGUGUUUACAAUGUUCUGCUUGGAAGGUCGUGGAUUCAUAAGUCUGGGGCUGUGCCUUCUUCAUUACAUCAAUUGCUGAAAUUCGUAGUAAAUGACAAGCUGAUAACUAUCUUUGCCGAGGAGGAUUGCCUUGUAAUUACUGAUUCCGAGUCCAAAGAAGAGGGUAGCCGAAACGCUACGGUGACCCCUUAUAGCACAGCCGAUAUCGUCACCGUCAGUUGGAUAACAAACGAGGAGCGAAUUCUAUCAAAGGCCAGUGUCAUGAUGGCUAAAGAAAUGAUCCGUGGAGGAUAUGAGUUUGACAAAGGGCUGGGACGAGAUCUACAAGGAAUUUUGAAGCCAGUGGAGAUUGUGGAGAAAAAAGAUUCAUUUGGUUUGGGUUUCCGACCGACUGCUAAGGACAUCAGAGAGAUGAAGGAACGCAAGAGAGCGGAGAAAGAAGGAAGGCAAAGGGCUCUUGACAUUCCACCACUGCAUUAUACUUUACCACUACCAACCGAGGUGAUCACAUCAGAGAUUAACCCAGUCGAUGAAAUCGAAGCUAGUUUGGCCCAAUUGUUCAUUGGGGCAACAUUUGAAGACAGUUUCUCAAAUGAGGCCGAGUUUCCCGACAUCCCAGAAGGAUCAAUUUCCAAUUGGACAGCCGAGUUUCUGCCGAUUCAGAAGGAGUUUCGGUAA